CCGCACCGCAGUGCUGUAAACACACACAUAUAGUCUCUCUCCAAAUAGGUUAGACAACACAUAGUACGAAGUCCACCGCAAGGAGGAUUACACUCGUUGACACAGAGCAACGUUCGUAGUUUAGCGGCGACUUUCCGUUACAGGCGCAGGGACAUGUCCCUAAUAUUUCCCUAAUAGGAGAGCACCGUCAGAAUGUCGGAGCCGUUAAACAGCCAGAUCCCGGGGAUGGAGGACACCAAAACUAACGGGACUCCUAAAUAUGAGUCUACCGGUACCGCCAAGUCCCUUCAAGGUUCAACCGUUAGUUUCCAUAACAUCCACUAUAAGGUGACGCAGAGGAGUGGCUGUCUGUGUAUCAAGAGGAAGACCACUACCAAAGACAUUCUCAUAGAUCUGAACGGCCUGAUGAAACCAGGGCUGAACGCUAUCAUGGGGGCGACAGGAAGCGGGAAGUCAUCGUUUCUGGAUGUGCUGGCAGCCAGGAAGGACCCAGCAGGUCUGGCUGGAGAGGUGUUGAUAGACGGAGCUCCUCAACCUCCCAACUUCAAAUGUCUCUCAGGAUACGUGGUCCAGGAUGAUGUGGUGAUGGGAACUCUGACUGUGAGGGAGAACUUCCGUUUCUCUGCAGCGUUGCGUCUUCCGUCCUCCAUCAGCCAGAAGGAGAAAGAGGACAAAGUCAACCGACUCAUCACAGAACUGGGCCUCACUAAAGUAGCAGACUCACGGGUUGGUACCCAGUUGAUCAGGGGAAUAUCAGGAGGGGAAAGGAAGAGGACAAACAUUGGUAUGGAGCUGAUCAUCGACCCUCCUGUUCUCUUUCUGGAUGAACCCACCACCGGCCUGGACGCGAGCACAGCUAACUCUGUACUACUACUGCUCAAGAGGAUGUCUAGUCAUGGCCGUACCAUCAUCCUGUCCAUCCACCAGCCUCGUUAUUCCAUCUUCCGUCUGUUUGACAGUCUGACUCUGCUGGUUAGCGGUAAACAGGUUUACCACGGCCCUGCUCAGAGUGCUCUAGACUACUUCUCUAACAUCGGGUACACUUGUGAACCCCACAACAACCCGGCUGACUUCUUCCUGGACGUGAUCAAUGGAGAUUCUACCUCCAUCGCCUUCGACAGGAUAAAGGAAGGAGACGACUCUGACCCAGACAGGGUAACCAGUUCCAGGCAGAACAUCGAGGACCAUCUUGUCCAGGAGUACCGGGGCAGUCAGUACUAUGGAGAGACCAAGGCCCAGUUAGAACGCAUCACCAUGAACAGAGAGUACAGUGUGAAGACUCCCUCUCGGACCAUCACGUACAACACCUCCUUUUCUACUCAGUUCAGAUGGGUCCUGAAGAGAACCUUCACUAACCUCAUCCUCAACCCUCAGACAUCCUUCGCUCAGAUUGGAGUGACUGUGUUCCUGGCCCUCAUCGUUGGGGCCAUAUUCUUCGGAGUGAAGAAUGACCAGAGUGGCUUACAGAACAGGAUGGGUGCUCUAUUCUUCAUCACCACCAACCAGUGUUUCAGUUCCCUGUCUUCUGCUGAGCUCUUCAUCACCGAGAGAAAACUGUUCAUUCAUGAGUACAUCAGCGGUUACUACAGAGUAUCAGUCUACUUCCUGUGUAAGAUACUCAGUGACAUCAUCACCUUAAGGACACUUCCUGCCAUCGUCUUCAGCUGUGUGGCUUACUUCAUGAUCGGGUUUAAAGCUACAGUGGAGGCCUUCUUCCUGUUCAUGUUGACAGUAGCUCUGGUAGCCUAUACAGCUACUGCUAUGACCAUGGCUAUAUCAGCUGACCAGAGUGUUGUGGCGAUCGCCAACAUCUUCAUGACCAUAGCCUUCGUCUUCAUGAUGAUCUUCUCAGGCCUGUUGGUGAACCUGCCCAGUAUUGUUGAGUGGCUCGCCUGGUUCCAGUACCUCAGCAUCCCUCGGUACGGACUAACAGCUCUCCAAAUUAAUGAGUUUGUAGGUCUCCAGUUCUGUGGAGACAUUCCCCUCAACGGCACCUUGCCCCCUGGUAUGACAUGCACGGGGGAAGACUUUCUGAAGAACCAGGGGAUCGACUACACCACGUGGGGGCUGUGGCAGAAUCACGUUGCCCUGGCGAUCAUGACCGUUAUCUUCCUGUUGAUCGCGUACUUCAAACUACGCUUCAUCAAGAAGUUCACAUAGAGGUCAGGGGUUAAGCCUAUUGAACACCUUCCUUUGUCCUCCUCUCAAACGAAAUGCUGUAACUUCCACUGACAUGUCAGCGUCCGCAGGACACUUUUUAAGGGAGCAAAAAUUAGAUCGAAGCGGAAGGUGAAAUUAGGCAUUAGAGGUCAUCGUCGCCAUCAUCAUCAUCAUCACCAUCAUCAUCAUCAUCAUCAAACAGCUAUUGUGCCAAACCAAUAAAUGCAAUGAUUUCUCUACCAAUGUGUCUUAUCUACAGAUGUUUUAAAUCAUGUCUCAUGAUUAUUUUUUAACCUUUCAUGUUUUUAUGACAUGCAAUUUGUUAAAUGUUUUAUUGCUGCAACACAACAUGUAUUGAUGCCUACUGUUAAACAGGGCCUCUAGGACUCUGGACAUAAGUAGUUCCCUACGGUUGAACAAGGCCCCUAGGACUCUGGACAUAAGUAGUUCCCUACGGUUGAACAAGGCCCCUAGGACUCUGGACAUAAGUAGUUCCCUACGGUUGAACAAGGCCCCUAGGACUCUGGACAUAAGUAGUUCCCUACGGUUGAACAAGGCCCCUAGGACUCUGGACAUAAGUAGUUCCCUGCGGUUGAACAAGGCCCCUAGGACUCUGGACAUAAGUAGUUCCCUACGGUUGAACAAGGCCCCUAGGACUCUGGACAUAAGUAGUUCCCUACGGUUGAACAAGGCCCCUAGGACUCUGGACAUAAGUAGUUCCCUACGGUUGAACAAGGCCCCUAGGACUCUGGACAUAAGUAGUUCCCUACGGUUGAACAGGGCCCCUAGGACUCUGGACAUAAGUAGUUCCCUGCGGUUGAACAGGGCCCCUAGGACUCUGGACAUAAGUAGUUCCCUGCGGUUGAACAAGGCCCCUAGGACUCUGGACACGAGGUUUACUAUAAAGGGACUAGGGUGCCGUUUUGGACACAGUCCUAGACAUUGUUUCUAUUUACGUUUUGUACACUGUGUUUAAACACUCCUACACUAACACAUGAUCGACGGCACAGGAGGCUGGUGAGGGGGAGAACUGUGCAUAAUAAUGGCCGGAAUGGAUUCAGCCACAUGGAAACCACGUGUUUGCUACCGAUCCCUUAAUUCCGUUCCUGCCAUAACUAUGAGACAAUCCUCCCCACCAGCCACCUGUGAUGAACAGUAUAACAAUGAUAAUUAUGCAAAAAAAAGGAAGAAUAAAAUUUAAUAUCAACUUUG